AUGGAUAGAUUAUCACCCGAAUACAGAGCAGGAGUUAACGAUUUUAUCAAAGUUGCUACUCAAGAUGCACGGAGAAGGAAACUAAAGAAAAUCUUUUGUCCAUGUGAAUUAUGUGUUAACCAUUGUCGUAAAAUUGAAAGCGAAGUAAGAUAUGAUUUGUUCCGCUAUGGUAUUGACCAGAGCUAUACUUUUUGGACUAAACAUGGAGAGAAUCUUCAUGCUCCUCAUGCUAGUAGUUGUACUAUUAAUUUUGAAACUCAUACUUCUACAGAACAUGAGUUUGAAGAGGGGACAUUGGGUGAUAUUCCAGACAGUACUAUAGAUGAUGCUCCGGAUUAUGUUGCAGAGGCAACAAAGAUGGUCGACGCGAUACUAGAGGACUUUCCAGGUGAUCGUAGAAAGUUUGAGAAGUCAAUAGAGGAUGCUAAGAAGCCUUUAUUUCCAGGAGACUCGAAACUUACCAAGCUGUCGGCAAUAAUCAAGCUGUACAACUUGAAUGCGAAGCAUGGAGUAUCAGACAAGUUUUUUGGUGAGAUUUUAGAUUUGUUGAAGAACGAGAUGCUUCCUGAUGGUAAUGAAAUUCCUUCUUCUACAUAUGAAGCUAAGAAAUCCAUUAAUACGUUAGGGUUGAACUAUGUGAAGAUACAUGUAUGUCCUAAUGAUUGCAUACUAUAUAGGAAAGAUCAUGAAAAGAAAGAAGUAUGCCCAACAUGUGGGGAAUCAAGAUGGAAAAAGGAUAAGAUAACAUUGAAGGAGUGCAAGGGGGUGCCUGUAAAGGUUUUGUGGUAUUUCCCGAUCAUUCCACGACUGAAACGUUUAUUUUUGGUGAAGUACAUAGCAAGAAAAUUGAUACGGCAUGAUCGUGAUAGAAACAAAGAUGGGUUGCUGCGUCAUCCAGCAGAUGCUGAAGCAUGGAAGGCGAUUGAUGAAAGAUACCCUGAUUUUGCUGAGGAUCGUAGAAAUAUUCGCUUAGGAGUGUCAGCUGAUGGAGUGAAUCUAUUUCGUGGUAAGAAGAAAAGUUAUAGUUGCUGGCCUAUCCUAACAGUGGUUUACAACCUUCCCCCAUCGUUAUGCAUGAAGAGAAAAUUCGUGAUGCUUACAAUGUUAAUUCAAGGACCAAAAGAACCAGGCAAUGACAUCGACGUUUUUUUAGCUCCGUUUAUUGAUGAUCUGAAAUUAUUGUUUGAUGAAGGGGUCGAAACGUAUGAUGCCUACAAACAAGAAAGGUUCACAUUAAGGGCUGUAGUUUUGUGGACAAUAAGUGACUAUCCUGCACUCGGCAAUUUGAGUGGUUGUACUGUUGGUGGAUAUGAUGCUUGUGCAACAUGUGGUGUGAAUACACACUCCACAUGGCUUAAGUACUCUAAAAAAGUUUCAUACACUGGUCAUAGAAAAUGGUUACCGUCUGGCCAUCAUUACAGAUAUCAAAUGAAGCCAUUUGAUGGCAAUCAAGAAUUCGGUGUGGCUCCUGAACCAGUGAGUGGGUUACAAAGGUUUGAAGAGGAGAAGUCAAUUGAAAAUGCAUGGGGAAAGAAAGGUAAUGGCGGUAGAACAUUGGGAAAAUCAACAAGGUCGGAGUUUGAGGACGAGGAUUCAUCUAAUCUGAAGAAAUUGUCAAUUUGGGCAAAAGAGCUUGAAUACUUCAAAUACAAUCUUGUCCAACAUAAUUUUGAUCUGAUGCAUAUAGAGAAGAAUGUGUGCGAGAGUUUAGUAGGGACAUUUCUUAAUGAUCCUUUAAAAACGAAAGAUGGUUAUAAAGAUCGCAUGGAUUUGAAUGAUUUGAAGAUAAGGCCUGAGUUAGAACCUGUUGUUGCAGGAAAAAGGAUGUAUCUUCCUCCUGCCUGCUACACAUUGACGAAAGAAGAGAAGGUGAAGUUUUGA